CCUCCUCCUCCUCCUCCUCCUCCGCUGCGUCCAUUAUCACCGUGAAGAACCGCAGCGGGACACCGCGACAACAGGAGGCCGAGCGACAGGGCCGGACCGCCGGGGAGGAGCGGAAGAUGAGCACCGCCGCCGGGAUGGAGAGCCGACCGGAGCCGCCGCCGCUGAGUUACCCCGGAGGAGGCGACAUGACCGCGGAAUAAACAGGCGAGAGGACGCCGCUGCGCCUGUCGCGGCUCACAGUCAGGAUGUCUGGGCCGCCCGCUGGGACCGGGACCGGGACCGGAACCAGAACCGGGACCGGACCGGGGCUGCCGGAUCUGAGCCACCUGACGGAGGAGGAGCGGAGCAUCAUCCUGUCGGUGAUGGAGCGGCAGAAGAAGGAGGAGGAGAAGGAGCAGAGCAUGCUGAAGGACCAGGAGGAAGUGAAACCUCCACCAGGCUCGUGGAAUCCAUUGUCGGGGUUCACUCAGUUGGUCAAUAAUGUUGCAGCCAACAUGUCUGAAGUUCUGCAGGUUAAAAGUCCGAUUGACGAGGCGUCGCAGACGAAGUUACAUCAGCAGUUUGAGAUGUAUAAGGACCAGGUGAAGAAGCUGGGGGAGGAGCCUCAGGUGGCUCAGACGGCGAAGGCGGAGUCUCCUACCUGCGGCGUCUGUCGCAAGACAAAGUUUGCUGACGGCUGCGGCCACGCCUGCUGUUACUGUCAGAGCCGCUUCUGUGCCCGUUGUGGGGGGCGUGUCUCUCUGAGAGCCAAUAAGGUCAUGUGGGUGUGUAACGUCUGCAGGAAGAAGCAGGAGAUUCUGACCCGCUCGGGGGAGUUUUACUCCAACACCUUACUGCUGUCGGUCAACCAUGGGGUUCCAUACCUGCCAACGCAGGGGCUGUCGGGGCCCACAGAGCUCAUAGAGCUUCUGAGCAAUGGAGCAACUGAGUGGAAGCCCAGCCCCUCGGGGUCGUAUUACGAUGGUGGGGGAGGGAGGAUGCCUCACUCACCCUCUGAUCACGGUCUGGACCGCCGUGCUCGCUCACCACACGGUUGGCAUGGUAACGGUGAGGAGGAGCUGCGGGGCAGAAGGCGACCAAUCAGAGACGGACGAGGUCGCUGGCACUCACAGGACUACCCUCUGGACCAGGUUCAGGAUGAGCGCGAGCGACAGCGGCGGCAGGAGGAGGAGUUUCAGGCUCGUUACCGUAGUGACCCGAACCUGGCUCGUUACCCAGUAAAGCCGCAGCCGAGCGAGGAGGCUAUGAGGAUGUUGGCUCAGGUUGGCAGGGUCCGCCACCAACGCCGCCACAGCGACGUCUCCCUGGCAACCGCUGAGCCCGACCAACUGACUCUGAGACAUACAGCUGUCCGUCAGAAUCGGGUUCAGGGAUUGGUCGGAUCUGGAGGUCAGAGGUCGUUCUCUGUGGACCAGGUAGUCAAUCAUGUCAGCCCCACGUCUCCGCGCCGCAGCCCGUUACCUCAGCAACACCUGGACCCAAGCUCCGCCCUCAAGAGGAAGCCAGCCUAUGAGAGUGCAGCACAGAGGGCGCGGCGGAUGACCAAGAUGCAUGUGAUUGGUAGCUUCAGCAGCUCGGAGGAGGAGCUAGCGACCACACCUGACUACACCAGCUGUGACGAGCCCGACAGAGACAUGGACGGCCAAUGGUGGGAUCAUGGUUCCUGGCACGGCGAGCCUGCACCCAUGUCUAUGCAACCAGUCACAUGGCAACCGUCCAAGGAUGGAGAGCGUCUGAUUGGUCGAAUUCUGCUGAAUAAGAGGAUGAAGGAUGGAACAGUUCCUGCGGAUACGGGAGCGCUGCUGGGACUCAAGGUUGUUGGGGGAAAGAUGACGGAAUCCGGUCGUCUGUGUGCAUUCAUCACUAAAGUGAAGAGAGGAAGUCUGGCUGACACUGUGGGACACCUGAGACCAGGUGAUCAGGUUCUGGAGUGGAACGGUCGGGUUCUCCAGGGAGCCACGUUCAAUGAGGUUUACAACAUCAUCCUGGAGUCCAAACCAGAACCCCAGGUGGAGCUGGUGGUGUGCCGCCCGAUCGGAGAUGUUUCCAGAGUGGCAGACAGUACCCACGUCCAACUGGACUCCAGUUCCAGUUCCUUCGACUCUCAGAAAGUCGGUCCGUCCAUUUCCGUCACGUCCCCCAUGAGCCCUACCGUUCUGUCUGGACAGGUCUCUACUGUUAACAGGCGUCCUCUGGUUCCCAGAAUCCAGGUGAAGCUGUGGUACGAUAAAGUCGGUCAUCAGCUGAUCGUCACUGUUCUUGGAGCCAAAGAACUUCCUGUCCGAGACGAUGGACGGCCGAGGAAUCCGUACGUCAAGAUCUACUUCCUGCCAGACAGAAGUGAUAAGAGUAAGCGGAGAACAAAGACGGUGAAGAAGUCGGUAGAACCUCGGUGGAACCAGACCUUCAUGUACUCUCCAGUCCAUCGGCGGGAGUUCAGAGAGCGGAUGUUGGAGCUGACGGUCUGGGAUCAGGCCCGAGUCCGAGAGGAGGAAAGCCAGUUCCUGGGAGAGGUGUUGAUAGAGUUGGACUCGGCUCUGUUGGACGAUCAGCCUCACUGGUACAAACUGCAGCUCCAUGAUGUUUCUUCUCUGCCACUGCCCAACGCCUCCCCCUACCUGCAGCGGAGAGGACUGCAGCCUGAGGACUCUCCGGCUGGGAGGAGGCUGCAGAACAAAGGUCCUUAUUGUAACUCAGGGUCUCAGAGGAUCAGUGACAGUGAGUUUUCAGAUUACGACUGUGAAGACGGCAUCGGGGUGAUAUCAGACUACAGACAGAAUGGGCGGGACUUCCACAGCUCCACCCUCUCAGUGCCGGAGCAGGUGAUGUCGUCCAAUCACUGCUCUCGAUCCGAUGUGGUCAGGAUGAGGUCCAGGUCACCAAGCCAGCCGCCUCCUCAGAGUGGUAACCCUCUGUACCCGUUGUACCGAGAGGACGCAGUGCGGCUGCUGCGGGGCUCCAGACUGAGCCGAGCAUACUCUGACGCCGGCCAGUACAGCAGCCUGGACAGGAGGUCACUGAGGAGAAUGUCUGUUGCCAACUCUCUCGAUUCCCACGACAGAUACUUUAAUGGUCCAAACCAAAUGCUCUGGACAAACCACAUGAUGAAUGGGAGCUGUGAGGACUACAGUCAGGAUUUCAUUCCUGAUUUCCCCUACGAACCCGACACCUACGACGAGGAACUGCUAAGGUACAGUCGGGGGAUUGACCGACGGGAUUACUACAGUCGCUCUCGGUCAGCUGACCAGCGAGCGAUGGUGGACCGACCUGUCUGUACACGCUCCCACUCCACCGACCGAGCUGACUCUGCCCACCUGAGGUCCGGACAUUCUGCCCCCCCCUCCCCUGCCCCAACCAGGGUCAACCCGCGAUCAGCUCAGACGAGUCCAUCAGGAACGCCGGAUUGCAGUCGCAGAGGUCGCCAGCUGCCCAUCAUCCCUCCAAAAGGAGCUCCGGACAGAAAUGGAGGAGAACCCUUUGACACUGUGCAGACAGUUCUUACCACGCCCACAACAGGAGUGCCAACUAUAGCCCCUCCAACUCUGCACCACCAGGCCCCUCCCACUGCACACAAACAAGCCCCUCCCCCUGUCAAUAAUCAACCGCCUCCUCUUAUACGCAUUCAAGGCCCACCUCCUACACCUGCACCAGCAUCUGCACCAGCUCCUGUCCAAGCCCUGUACUCAGCACCUGCCCAAGCCCCACCCCCAGCACCUGUCCAACCCCCGCCCCCAGCUCCAGCACCUGUCCAACCCCCACCCCCAGCUCCAGCACCUGUCCAGCCUCCGCCCCCAGCUCCAGCACCUGUCCAAGCCCUAUCCAUAGCCCCUGUACCUGCCCCAACAGCUUCCCAAGCCCUGCCUCCUGCUCCAACUCCUGCUCAAGCUCCGCCCCCCACCCAGGCAACAGCUCCAGUCCUGCCCGCAUUCCCUGUAGUCCAAUCCCAGCCACCUCCUGAACCCAUCCUUCCUCCUGCACCUGCACCGACUCCUGCCCCGAUACCUAUCCCUGCCCCCUCCCCUGCCCCGCCUCCACAGACUCCAGAGCCAGACCGACGCUCAGCGACACCUGGAGGGACCAGAAAAGAGGUCACAUGGGAGGACCAGCAGAAGAAAACAGCCAAUGGUGUGAUAAAGGACCCAUCGAAGAUGAGAGACAGUCUGUCCUUUAAAUCCUCAGACAGUGAUGUCAGCGACGUGUUGGCCAUGUCCAGUGACAUCAGAGCUGUCCGCAGGAUCAGUCGGGGGGAGGCUGUGCAGGGCCAAUCCAUGGAGUUGGGCUCGGGGUCGGAGGGAACACAGGAAGUGGUGGCGCAGGGCGGAGCCUCUCUGCAUAAGAGUGAAUCAGUGGAGGAAGCAGAGGAGGAGCCUGAGCCUUCAAAGGCGGCGCCGGCGGCGUCUGGAGCUCCUCUCACCAAGUCGUCAAGCGUCGGAGGAGAAAUCUGUUCUCUGGGGAGAAACGACGACGACGACGAUGACAAAAAGCGACGCUCGAGCUUCGGCGCCAAGAUGAUGGGAAUGGUUGGACUUGGGAAGAAGAGUCAGAGCGCCUCGCAGCUUAACCCCGAGGAGGAGGAGAAGAAGAAGAAGGUGGUGAGACUUCCUGUCCAGAGGAGUGUAGAAACCGGUUUGGCCAUCGAGUUUAAAUCUCGUUUCACCCGACAGCAGAGUCGCGACCCGGAUGCCGAGGAACCUAUACCGGGAGCUUUGAUAUUCCCGGGAGUGAAGUUGGCGUCGGACAAACAGUUCACUGGAUUCCUGGAGGGAUUAGGCCCCGCCCAGCUGGCUGGACGACAGACUCUGGCCACGCCCCCUAUGGGUGACAUCCAGAUCGGGAUGGUGUACAGGAAGGAGCGUCUGGAUGUAGAGGUGAUCCGAGCCAGAGGGCUUGUGGGUAAACAAGGCAACAAGAACACACCAGCUCCCUAUGUGAAGGUGUAUCUGAUGGAUAACGGGAAGUGUGUGUUGAAGAGAAGAACUCGUCUGGCCAGAAAAACCCUCGAUCCUCUUUAUCAACAACAGCUGCAGUUCGAGGAAAACCCGGAAGGAAAAGUACUGCAGAUCAUCGUGUGGGGUGACUAUGGUCGGAUGGAUCAUAAAUCCUUCAUGGGCGCCGCUCAGAUACUAUUGGACGAUCUGGACCUGUCCAACAUGGUGAUUGGCUGGUUUAAACUGUUUCCUGCCACAUCAUUGGUGGACCCCGCUUUGGCCCCACUGACCAAUAAAGAGACAGAGGGGAGCAAGUCAUAGCGUCAGGGGGUGGGACCAACAGUAUCGCCAUAGCAACGGGCAAGGAUGGGACAGGAGUGGAUGUGCUGCUGCCCGGGCGGAGCCUAAAAAAGUCCCAUGAUCGUCCUCUGCUGCUGCAUGCUGCAUGAUGUCACCUGUGAGGAAGAGGGAGGCUCCGUCCUCUGAUGCUUAAACAGGAAAUGACUUUCCCAGUGAGUGGCAGGGCAGCGCAGCAAAGGAUACUGGGAAAAGACAGGAGAGGCCUGUGACCUCCAGCUACCAGCCAAUCAGAGCAGCUCCUCAGGAGUCAUGUGACUGUCAAUGGAGACUUGUGUGUGUAUAUGGAAGUCUGGUUCUUUGUUUUUGCAUGGAACAUUAGAACAUAAAAAACAUCAACUGUAAAAAAAAGUUAAAGAACUUUAAAAACUGAAAAAAUAAAAAGAUUCUCAACGGUCA